ACUGAAUUUCUCAUCUGCGGUACAACAGCUGCUCUACUCAACUGCCGCCAAAUUUAACCUGUAGCUAGAUAUUGUAUUUGUCACAAUCGGGAACCCAUCUCUAUUUUAACCCAUCUUAUUACGAUUCAUUCACCAAACACGGUACUGCUUUAGGUGCUUCAGUCUUAUUUGAAUUUUCUUUUCCUCUGGAUAUGGAUUGGAUGUGGAUUUGAACGAUGUCUAACCUAUCAAUAGUGGCAGUGCUGAGGAAACAACAUUGUUGACAUUUCUGCUGUCCUAUUCUCACGCUCAUACAGAUGUCUGGAAAGGAGGAUGACAAUGGAAGCGAUCCUUCUGUUGCUCUUCGUCAAUCUUACAAACAAACUAUGUCUCCAUCAUCUUCUGAACCUUUCAUCUUCCAGCAGUAUACUAUACGUGAAACAGUCACUCCAACUAAGCUAGGAAGCAUAUCAGUGAAGGAAGUGUCAUUUAGCAUGUCCAGUAGACAGGGUGAGGCCAAAGCGUCAGCUCUCAAUUUAUCAUUUUUAUCUUGUGCUAGUGCUUCACCCAGGAAACAACAGAAAAGCAGAUAUCUACCCAUGUUGCUUCAGAAUCCAUCAUCAUCGUCUACACAUGUGGCAGAAUUUUCAGAGAGUUCAAAUGGACCUAUUGAAAAGUCUCAUUAUGUGAAACAUCGACACCGAAUUGCAAAUCCCCACAAAAAGGUCAAAAUUGACUGUGCCUUUUAUGAUCAAAAGAAAUCCAGGAGCCGUCACAAACAUUCUAUCAAUUUCAGCCCUAAAGAUCAGGAAAAGGAAUCUAAACAGUUACAUUGGAAGUACAUCUUUAUCAUUUCUCUUGUGCCUCUUUUAGUAUUAUUGGUCCUACUUAGGGUUUUCUGGCCAGUGAAUGAAGAAAAUAUUGUGAUGACAAACUCACUUUCGCCGAGUGCAGAGGAGUUAAUGUCUGCAAAUUUAGAACCUCUUCAUUUUACCCUAAAUCAGCAAGUCUUUGGUCAGGGAGCUGCUAUAUCGUCUUUGCUCAAUAUUUUGGAUGGUUUUAUUAACAAGGAUAUGUUGAAGAAUAAACAAAUGCCUGUGAUUUUGUUGAGUGGAUCCACUGGAGUAGGAAAGUCCCUCAUCUCAUCUAUUGUAACAGAUAAGUAUCCUGCCCCAGGAAAAACUACUUUAAUUCAUUGGCCAACAUCCUCACCUGAACAAGUUUUGAAGAAGUUUGGUGAAAGUCAUCUGAAUCUAGUCGGGGUUGACAGUCUUAAUCUCAGCUCAAUAACACAGGCAUUUAACUGGACAAAGAAACUCUUCAAUGAGGCUUUGUGGCAAAAUAAACCAAUAAUUGUGAUGCUGUCACUGAAUGUUCAGGUAAUGAAUGGGGACUUCACUGAUGAAGAUAUUAAUACUCCUGGGAGUUUUAGAGCACAGGCUGAUAUUUUAUACAAAAAAUUGCAGUCUUUUGGGUUUGAUUCAUAUCACAUUCAUUUGAAUGUUCUGACUGCAGAUAAUGUAAAAGACUGCAUUAGAGUAGCAUUUAAAAAAAGAGGUUUGCUGAUUGAUCCUCUCUCUGAGAGAUAUAUAGCUAAUAUCAGUGAGCAUAUAAAUUACAAGCUUGAGGGCUGCAAGUCAGUUUGGAACAGCUCUGCAUCUGUUGUGUUUUAAGUCGUCGUUUUCCCCCCCCCAAUUGUAUUUUUUAAAAAUCUGUGUAUGCCUCCUGUCAUACUUUUCCUCUGUUUUUAUGCCGUAUCGUAACUUUCUGUUGAUGUCCAGCAACUAUCAAACUAAAAAUAAAGUGGAUUGAAAUUGU